UAAAUAUCCAGCUAAGAAACCUUCUGUCCACCGCAAGCUUCCACGCCAAAACCCAGUCAAAGCACCAACCUCUGCUUUCCCCGCCAACCCCAUUGCUGCGAUUUAUAAAAGCAAUAUUGUGAGAUAUUGUAUUACACUUCUUCUACAAAGCAACCGGUGCUCGCGAAAUGAUUCAUUCCGUCAAGUAAUCAGACCGCGCGCUUCUUUGCAUCAAUCUGCUGCAGCCAUCAUGGAUGAUCUUUACGACGAGUUCGGGAACUACAUUGGGGAGGCUGAGGAAUCGGAAGAUGAGCUUAGGCAUGGUGAAGCUCGUCCAGACGCUUACGCCUAUGACCUCGAGUCGGAGGAAGGUGAAGAGGCCGGAGAAGGAGUCGCUCAUGACCAGCAAUUGAUGGAAAUAGAUGAACAAGGUCCUUCGAAUGCGGUCAUCCUACAUGAAGAUAAACAAUAUUACCCAACGGCCCAGCAGGUGUAUGGUGAAGGCGUGGAAACACUUGUCGAGGAGGAAGAUGCGCAACCGCUCACCCAGCCCAUCAUCGCGCCCGUCCAGCAGAAGAAAUUCGCGGUCCAGGAGGCGGAUCUGCCGUCCGUUUUCUAUUCUCGCGAAUUUAUGACCGACCUCCUAAAUUUCCCUGACCAAACCCGAAACAUCGCCCUUGCCGGUCAUUUGCAUCAUGGAAAAACCGCGUUUAUGGAUACCCUGGUAAUGCAGACGCACGAUCUGUCAGAACGGCUGGAUAAAAGGAUUGGGAAGCGGAAGGAUGAGCAACUACGAUAUACGGAUGUCCAUUUUGUCGAGCGGGAACGGGGCUUAUCUAUGAAAUCUGCGCCCAUGAGCUUGGUAUUACAAGGCACCCGCGGGAAAUCGCAUCUAUUCAAUAUUAUUGACACACCCGGGCACGUAAAUUUCGUCGACGAGGUUGCCGCUGCGUUCAGAUUGGUCGAUGGUGUUGUCCUGAUAGUUGACGUGGUUGAAGGGGUCCAGAUCAAUACGGAGCAGAUAAUCAAGUAUGCUGUGCUAGAGGAUUUACCUCUCACGCUGGUUGUGAACAAGAUGGAUCGGCUCAUCCUCGAACUGAAACUUCCACCUACAGACGCUUAUUUCAAAUUGAAACAUGUCGUCGAAGAAGUGAACACUAUAAUUGAGCGGACUCUACCAGGCCAAGGUGAAAAGAGAAGAUUGAGCCCAGAGAAAGGGAAUGUCGCUUUCGCCUGCACUAGCAUGAACUGGUGCUUCACGUUGCAAUCUUUUGCCAAGAUGUAUGCCGACACCUACCCGGGCAUCGAUAUUGCAGAAUUUGGCGCCCGCCUCUGGGGUGAUAUCUUCUUUAAUCCUAAGAGCAGGAAGUUCACCCGCAAGGGCGUUGAAGAACAGUCGAAACGGACUUUUGUCUACUUCGUUUUGGAAACUAUCUACAAGCUUUUUUCUCACACCAUUUCCGAGAGCCCGGAGGACCUUAAAGAGACUCUAGCAACCCUGGGAAUCUUCCUAAAGCCUUCCCAGCUGAAAUCGGAUGCAAAGGUCCUACUAAAGCUCGUUUGCGAACAAUUCUUUGGACCUGUUGACGGGUUCGUUGACAUGGUGGUCCAGCACAUCCCCUCGCCUAAAGAGGGGGCACAGAAGAUGCUCGAAAAAUACUACACUGGGCCUCUGGAUACAAAAGUUGCGGCAUCAAUGUCAGCAUGCGACCAGGACGGACCUUUGGUAAUCCAGGUCACAAAACUAUACAGUACACCGGAUGCAUCAAAGUUCGACGCCUUUGGUAGAGUCAUGAGUGGUAUUGCUCGACCGGGUCAGCAAGUACGAGUUUUGGGCGAGGGAUACACCAUUGACGACGAGGAGGAUAUGGUCAUUGCCACAAUAGCGGAUACGUGGAUCGCAGAGACCAGAUACAACAUCCCUACGAGCGGUGUCCCUGCCGGAAACUGGGUACUUCUAUCUGGGGUUGAUAACUCCAUAGUGAAGACCGCUACGCUGGUUCCCUUGAAACUUGAAGAUGAUGAGGACGCUUAUAUCUUCAAGCCAAUAAAACACAUGACCGAAUCCGUUUUCAAAGUUGCAGUUGAGCCCAUCAAUCCUUCUGAACUCCCCAAGAUGCUCGAGGGCCUUCGAAAAAUCAACAAGAGCUAUCCAUUAAUAUCUACGAAGGUCGAGGAAUCUGGUGAGCACAUUGUGCUAGGAACGGGAGAACUUUACAUGGACUGCGUCCUCCAUGACCUCCGCCGCCUCUACGCAGAGAUGGAACUUAAGGUCUCAGACCCCGUCACCCGUUUCUGCGAGACCGUCGUCGAAACAUCAGCCAUUAUGUGCUACGCCAUGACCCCCAACAAGAAAAACAAAAUCACAAUGAUCGCAGAGCCUCUAGAUGAUGGGAUUGCAGAAGACAUCGAAAGCGGACGGGUCAGCAUACGCGACCCUAUUCGCAGAGUCGCCCAGUUUUUCGAACAAAAUUACGACUGGGAUAAGUUGGCUGCGCGGAGUAUUUGGGCAUUUGGCCCUGAGGAAAUGGGUCCUAAUAUCCUCCAGGAUGACACUUUGCCGUCUCAAGUAGAUAAGAAGCUAUUAGGGACGGUGCGAGAUUCCAUACGGCAGGGUUUCAGCUGGGGAACUCGAGAAGGACCCCUAUGCGAAGAACCAAUCCGCAACACCAAAUUCAAACUGACCGACAUCUCCCUCGCCGACCAAGCCAUUUUCCGCGGUGGUGGCCAAAUAAUCCCCACAGCCCGCCGCGCCGUCUACUCCUCCUUCCUCAUGGCCUCCCCACGCCUCAUGGAACCCAUCUACACCUGCGCCAUGACAGGUCCCGCCGAUUCCGUCGCUGCCAUCUACACCGUCCUCUCCCGACGGCGCGGCCACGUACUCUCCGACGGCCCCAUCGCCGGUACACCACUGUACGCCGUCCGCGGCCUAGUCCCUGUCAUCGACUCAUUUGGCUUCGAGACGGAUCUGCGCAUACACACGCAGGGCCAGGCGACGGUAAGCCUUGUCUUUGAUAAGUGGAGUGUCGUGCCGGGGGAUCCGUUGGAUAGGGAAGUGAAGCUGCGGCCAUUGGAUAUGGCGAGUGCGAUGGCGACGGCGAGGGAUUUUGUGCUUAAGACUAGGAGGCGCAAAGGUUUAGCGGAGGAUGUGAGUGUUAGUAAGUUUUUGGAGCCGGAGCUUUGGAAGGGGUUGAGGGAGAGUGGGGUUUUGGGGGAGGGGUAGUGGUUAACAGAUUUUUCUUUUCUUUCUUUCUUUCUUUUUUCUUUUUUCUUUUUUUUUUCUUUUUAUUUUUCGAUCUUUUUGGCC